AUGAUCGACUUUCCUUUGAGAUCAAUCCUCCACAGCCCUGACGCGUCACAGGGACUCAUGAAGUGGGUUAUAGAGCUAAGCCAAUAUGACCUCCUCUACCAGCCAAAAAGGGCAAUAAAAGCCCAAGUUUUAGUAGACUUCGUACCAAAAUUCACCCCAUCAGCCAAAGAAGAUAAGAUGGUCAACAAAAAGAAGGAAAGUUCAAAAGCAUACGAGACCUCUGCUGAACCUAGCCAACCUAGAGACAUGUGGCAGUUGAGCGUAGAUGAAGCAUUGAACCAAAAGGGAGCUGGAGCAGUGGUCGUCAUCACCACCCCAGAUGGAACCUUGUUGGAGCAAGCGAUCACGCUUGGCUUUCCGACCUCGAACAAAGAGGCAGAAUACGAGGCAUUGCUCGCCGGCCUGCGCUUGGCAAGGAGCUCACAAUCAAGAAGCUAG